AUGUCAAGGAGCAGCACACAGGCAUGUGCAGCUUGUAAGUACCAACGCAGGAAGUGCGGGUCCAACUGCAUUCUGGCGCCUUAUUUUCCUCAUGAUCGCCAAAAACAGUUCCUUAAUGCCCAUCGUUUAUUCGGGGUUGGCAAGAUCACCAACAUGAUUAAGCCCCUCGAUCAGCACCACAGAGACUUAGCCAUGAGCACCCUUAUCUACGAAUCCGACAUGCGCGCCCGUGACCCCAUUGGUGGUUGCUACAGCCUCGUCCUCCAAUUGCAAUCUCAGAUCUUUUACGCCACCCAAGAACUUCAUCUUCUUCUUCAACACCUUGCUUAUUUCAAAUCACACCAACCUUCUUCUAAUCCCUCUGACAUAGUCAAUAAUGUCACUCCUCAGCCGCCUGACCCCCUUGAACAAACUCCACAGGAACAGCAGCAACAACAACAAUGUUUUAACUACAAUCUUUUGCAAGAAGAUGAUAUCAAUAUGUGGGCCAUUCAGAAUUCUUUAUCUCUUUUGUCACCCUUGUCCUUAGAGAAUAACAUCAAUCAAGAUCCUGUUGUUGAUCAUGGAUCGCACUCUCUCUACUCCACCUAA